AAAUAAAAUCGGUACAGUCCUUGAAUAUAACUAGCAACUACCAAAAAGCGUUAAUUUCGUUUCUCUCUCUCUCUCUCUCGUUGGGAACUUGGGAGUUCCAAUGGCGGAUGACGAGGAAGCGAGGGUUGUGGAAGAGCAGCUCCAAUUCCAACUCAAGGAACAGAAGGACUCUCUCGCCGCCGUCGCCGACGCCCUCUCCGUCGAUCCCUCCAACGCCGAACUUAUUUCGGUUCAUGAUGAGCUUGUUGAGGCCAUUAAAGAUGCUGAGGAGGGCCUUUUUCAGCUCAAAAGAGCAAGGUUGAUAAGAGAGGCUGAUUCUGCUUUGAAAGGUUUAGUAAGCACUGGCGAUGUCAAAGUGGAGCCUCUGGAACCAACAGAUGUGGAACCUGAACCGUUGGUGGAUCAGACCUAUUCUAUAGGGUCAAAAUGUAGAUUCCGUCACACUGAUGGGCGGUGGUACAAUGGGCUUAUUGUUGGCUUGGAAGGUUCAGAAUCUGCAAAAAUAUCUUUCCUUACUCCAACUACUGAAAGCAUGUUGAUGUGCAAGUUCUUUCUACAACAACGAUGUCGAUUUGGUAGUAAUUGCCGCUUAUCACAUGGCAUCGAUGUCCCCGUAUCUUCCUUGAAGAAGUAUAUUCCUACUAUUUGGGAACAGUCGCUGGUGGGUUCCAGCAUCUGGGCCCUUUCAGAUAGUAAAGCUGGCAUCUGGAGAGAAGCUGAGCUAGAGUCUUGGGAUGAGAAUCUCAGAACAGGGGAGGUAAUUUUUCGAGACGAUGGAAGUUCAGCAAAGUUGGGAACAGAAGCAAUCACUUCCUCUGAGUAUGCCCAGAGGAGUGAUGAAGAAGAGUCCGAUCUAAGUUCGGAGCAAUCUGAUUCUAGUGAUGAUGAAGAUGAUAGCCCGCAAGGGUUGGGGUUUUUGGAAAGCACAGCGUUGCAGAGGGGGGUCCAAACCGACACUGCUAUUUUUGCGAAUUGGGAGAAUCAUACCCGCGGCAUUGCUUCCAAGAUGAUGGCUAAUAUGGGAUACCGCGAAGGAAUGGGUUUGGGUGCGUCAGGACAGGGAAGACUCGAUCCUAUUUCUGUUAAGGUUCUUCCACCUAAGCAAUCUCUUGAUCACGCUGUAAAAGCUCUUGACAAAGACGAGAACAAGGAUACGCGAGCAAAGAAGCGCAGCAGGGGUGGUAAGAGAAAGCGUGACAAGAAAUUAGCAGCCGCAGCCAAAGCUGCUGAAGAAGAGGAGGAUUCGAAAGAUGUAUUCUCUCUUAUCAACACCCAGCUUGCGAUGCACGGGCAGAUUGUGAACGGCAGCAGCUCUGCAAAGAGGCAGCAGCAGAACAAAGCAAACGGUGAGGCAAGGAAAGAGGACAGACGGGCGAUCCUUGCCUACGAAGAUGAGAUGCAAAGCUUGAGAUUUCAAGUCGAGAAGCUCGAAGAAAUGGUGAAGCGGAACAAGAAGGAGAAGUCUGUGCACGAUGCUGCUAUGCGGAAGCUCAACGAAACUCGCAAGGCACUGGCCGAUGCAGAGGAGGCUCAUGCGUCCACAUCAAAUGCAGUGUCUAGAAAAGAGAAGGAGAAGAAAUGGCUAAAAUUUUGACAGCUCAAAUGAGGUGAUGAGGAUUCCACUAUAUCUUGGUUUUUGUUAGAUCAUCAUCUCCUUAUGUGGAUUCUAAUUAUUUCCAGAAAUGUUAUCAAUCUUUGUAUUUUUAAGAUUA